AAUAAUUGUAGGUGAGUAGGAGAAGGAAUAACAAUUAUUGCGAUAUUUUCUUCCUGUUUGCGAAAUAAGAAUAUUUUAAAACAGUCGUGACUGCGGAUAGUCAUGAUUUAGACUGAGGUUAGUGCCAUUCCAUUUGGACUUAUCAAAUUAUUAAAGUGUUAAGGGGAUACGUAUUAUACAAGAGAGUAAAUUAAGGAACACAUUGAAAAAUUGAUUUUCAGUUUAGAUUUAUUUACAUAUCGGUGUCCAAAAUAGUUUAAACCUUAAACGUUUGACAGUCUUCGAGCACAGACACAUUAAUGCUAUACCUGGAAUGUGGAUAAUGAGUGGAUUUUCUAAAACAAUAACGAAAACGCUGUUAAAGCAGGAUGAUAUUUCGAAUAUUUGCUCUUCUUUGCGUCACUCGCUCAUGUUUGGCAGUGACGGUGAUAAUAAACGAGACGGAGGUAGACUGUAAUGGACAUUGUGCUUGCUGUAAAGGAGGAGAGGAUGCAUGUGUAUUCGCUGAUGGAAAAUCUGAUUAUUGUUUUAAAGGAUGUGUAAACACAAUAUAUGGACAUAGAUGCAAAUAUUCAUGUCCUCUUAACUGCGCUACUUGCGACCAAAGCGUUGGCAGGUCGUGUUUCACUUGCAAGGAUUCGUUUUACGAUAUAAAUAGUGUUUGUAGCAUGAGUUGUCCUCUUGGGUGUGAUGGCACUUGUAAUGAUAAGGGAACUUGCAUUACAUGCAUAUCCAAUUUCGAAGGAGCCAGAUGCGAUGCAUGUAUACCAGGGAAAUACGGUGAAGAUUGUUCUAUGAACUGUCAUUAUCAAAACUGCCGUUGUACGGACUGGAAUGGAUGUGAUUCAUGUAAAACAGGAUUUGCUGGUACCUUGUGCAUGGAAUGUGUAGCUGGAAAGUAUGGAUCAAACUGCAACAUUAGUUGUCCUAACGUAUGCAAGGGAACCUGUAUGAGAAACGGAGUAUGCAUUGAAUGCAUAACUGGAUAUUACGGCGAACAUUGCAAUGUUAUGUGUUCUAAGGGUUGUAGUGGUGGAGUUUGUUAUAGAAAUGGGACGUGUUAUUGUACAGAUAAUUUUACAGGUAAAUAUUGUGAUGAAUGUGUUGCAGAAAAAUAUGGGGACAAUUGCCAACAUGAAUGCAGUGUUGGUUGUUCUGUAUCGUACUGUGACAAAAAAGACGGAUCGUGCCUUGGUGGAUGUAUAGAUGGAUUAUAUGGCAUGUAUUGUUCUCAGAAGUGUACCGAUAUUGACAAUAUGUGUUUGAAAUGUAGCCAGCUUGGUGGAACGUGUUUGAUGUGUAACAAAGGAUUUUACCCGAAUGAAAAUGGAGAUUGCACUACUUGCAAUAGUAACUGUAAUAAUGGACAGUGUAAUCCUGAAACAGGCAAAUGUAUAAAUGGCUGUGCAGUCAGCUUUUGGGGAGACAAGUGUGACGUCCAUUGUAGUUCUAAUUGUGGAACAUGUCAGCAAGAAUCAGGAAUCUGUGACUCAUGUACAAAUCUUACCACCCAUGGUCUGUUUUGCAAUGAACCAUGCAUGUCAUCAUGCUAUGGAAGAAAGUGCGAACAAGGUACUGGUCAUUGUUCCCUUGGAUGUGAUAGAGAUUUCUUUGGCAAUAUGUGUGAAACCAAAUGCCCUGAGAAUUGUCAGCACACAGGAACAAACACAAGUUGUAAUGCUUAUGGCGAUUGUUUGUAUGGCUGCAUUAAUGAUCUGCAAGGCAGAUCUUGUACAGAGAGACGAAUUUUCACUGCUUCUUCCACCAAUGUUGCACUCGCAGCUUUAUCGGGUUUUUUGGGAAUUGUGCUUAUUUGUACAGCUGCAGGUUGCUUCUUAUGGAACAGGCGAAUGUCUAAAUCAAUAGAACGAAAUUCGGAAAUACAGUUAGAUCAGCGUGAAACCGAAAGGGCAUAUGAAGAGCUACAAAUACAGGCCAACGAACCAGCAUACAGGAAUGUUGAGGACAAUUAUACUGUCCUUGUAAUGUAAAAGUUAAAAAAACUAUAUGAGUCCGAAGUUCACAUUUAACAACAUGUGUUUAGGACGUCUUGUUUAGUGCUCGUAUAUUUUAAACUUUUGGUCAAUGUUGGAACAAGUGUGAGGUUGACCGCUAUUAAACUGGUUCAAGUAAACGCCGUUUGUAGUAUCCAAUCCUAAAAUUUUGUUAUAUUUUUGUAAUAUUUCUUGUAUUGUUGUUCUGUUUUUCUUGCAUGGACCUUUUUGGCCCUUUUUUGAUUGCAUUUAAACAAUGAAAAUGAAAGUAUAACACAUCAUAAACAUGGAAAUGCUAUGACGGCAGUUCUACAAAAACUUG